AUGGAAAGUCUCCCCAACGAACUCCGCCGAGUUAUCCUCCAACACCUCCCUAUCUCAGACCUCAAGUCAAUCCGACGAGCCUCCAAGUCCUGGUCCAUCCUAGGACAAGAGUACCUCCUCGCCCCAAUCUUCAGAACCCUGCCUCACCGGCCCGACACUCUCCAUCUCAAGGGCAUCUCCACCCAUCCAGCGUUCAAUCAUCGCAUCCAGUCCAUCCACUUCAACCAUGGCGAAGUGAACGAGUACUCUGGCCGGCACAACUCUUACUUCCUGCAGUAUCUCAUGGUACCCGAAGAGCGGCUCACCCAGCAAUAUGCCGCAUGGAAAGCCUACGAGCACUUCAAGCAGCUGACAAACACCUACCUGCCAACAUCUUGUGACGAGGAUAUGUUAACAGAGAUAUUUGCCAAUCUCCCGAACCUAACGAGUCUCAAGAUCAGUUUGAUGCUGUGCCCAUUCAUAAAAUGGGACCCAGAAGUCCCGGAAUUACUGGUCAAUAUCUGGGGUUUCCCGUCUACUCGCCUACUUCCUCGCGUAGCAACCGUGGAGCGCAUGACAUCGAUCAUGAACGCCAUAGCUGCCAACUCAGCAACUCUAACCAUCAAUUCACUCUCCCACGAUCGUCUACCCUUCGAAUUCUUCUUCCAGAAUCAGAAAAAGAUGGCCGUCAUCUCAACUUCAUUCAGGAAUUUGACAACACUGGAACUCCUCAUCGAAUACAGCGAUCUCCCAAACGACACACACGCCGCUCAAGCCUUCUCCAAUCUCAGGAAAUGUCUCCGUGCUGCCCCAUUACUUAAAGACCUCUCGUUGGGAUUCCAAGGUCGUCGGAAAGUCGAUAUCGCACCCCUCCUCGCUUCCUUCGCAGCAGAUGAAUACACAUUCCUGCACCUCUCAACCCUCCAACUCCAAGGCAUGAUAACCACCGAAACUGACCUCUGCGAUUUCCUCGUCCGCCAAAAGUCCACUCUAACAAGAGUAAUACUCGGCGGUCCGGGAGUAGUAGCCGUUCGCCAGCCUGCCAAUGGCGGGAUUUUCCUCGACACAGGCAGUUGGAAGGGACUAGUGAGUCGAUUGAGCGAGGAGUUGAAACUUGAUAAGGCGGGUGCGUGUGUGGUUUUGUUGCAGGGUGAUUUGAAGGGUUUGGAGAGUGGGGAGAGGUGGGUUUUUGAGAAGGCGGUUGCGGCGAGGGAGGCGAUGGGGGAGGAGAGGCAUGAGGAGGAGGUGGGAGUGGGUGAGGAUGAGUUGAUUAUUAUGGAUGAGAGUGAUGCGCCUUGGCCUGUUUAGGGUGAGGAGUGUGUUUAGAUGGACGCUUAUAUGAGAAGAUCCUAGUCUGGGAGCUUCAGAGAGUCAUGGAAAAGAGUUGGUGUUAGCGAACUCUUUGUUCAUUUCACCGGCGGUACAGCGCAUUAGGAAUAAACAUGUAGCGAUGUAACAUUCUCAUCAUCCUCUACGUCAGAGAAUACAGUUCGUAAGAAUUAUGUUGGUGGGAAGGACAGACUGCAGGCACAGAUAGUGCGUAGGAACCGAUAAAUGUCAUCAAUCU